GCGCCCUUGAAAGCUGCAGGAUCCCCGGACUUUGUGCGUGGAAUACAACAUGGCAGCUGACUACAGCAUCGUCACCGGCUACAUCAAAACGUUCAGUGUCGUUGACUACGUGGUAUUUGCGGUGACACUGAUUUUAUCUGCCGCAAUUGGAGUCUACGUGGCCAUCAGAGAUCGCGACAACGUCUCCACGGGGGAGUUUCUUUUCGGUGGACGCAAAAUGCAUGUGAUACCUGUGGCUAUGUCCUUGCUGGUGACGUUUCUCUCGGCAUUAACGUUGCUUGGAACGCCAGCCGAAGUGUACAACUACAACACAAUGUUCUGGUGGCUAUGUUUGGGUUAUUUUGUGUCAGUUGCCGGGGCAACGUUGAUUUUCAUACCUUUUUUCUACAAACUUGGGCUUACCAGUAUUUUUGAGUACCUGGAGAUGCGGUUCGGACGGGCAAUGAGACUGGCAGGUUCCCUCACCUUUAUCCUACAAACGAUGAUCUACAUGUCCUUCGUCCUGUACGCCCCUUCCCUGGCCCUGAAUGCAGUGACUGGGUUCGACCUGUGGGGCUCUGUGGCUGCCGUGGGCUUGGUGUCUACAAUGUAUACGGCCCUGGGCGGAAUGAAGGCUGUGUUGUGGACGGACACCUUCCAGGCCGGGGUCAUGUUUCUGGGGCUGAUCGCUGUGCUCAUACGGGGUUCCAGCGUCGUGGGAGGAUUCGGGAACGCGUGGUCGAUAGCGCACGAACGCUCCCGAGUAGUGUUUGACGACUUCGACCCUGACCCUUCCACUCGUCAUUCCUGGUGGGCCUUGGUGGUAGGCGGCGGUUUCUUGUGGAUGUCGCUGUAUGGAGCUAACCAAGCCCAGGUUCAGAGAGCUGUUUCCUGCCCGAGCGUCAAGAAGGCGCAGUUGGCGAUGCUGGUGAACAUACCGGGACUCUUCUUCCUCAUCAGCAUUUGCUGCAUGGUCGGAGUCGUGAUGUUCGCCUUCUACUCCGACUGCCACCCCAUCGGCUUCAACAACCUCAUCUCCAGGACCGACCAGCUGGUGCCGCUGUACGUGAUGGACAUACUGGCGGAUACACCUGGAGUUCCUGGCAUCUUCGUGUCCAGCCUGUUCAGUGGCAGUCUUAGCUCGCUGUCCAGUAACCUGAACGCAAUGGCGGCUGUCAUUCCACAAGACAUCGUUAGACCCUACUUCCUUCCUCACCUCACAGACCGGAAGGCCACCAUCAUGUCAAAGGUCAUAGUACUUUUGUCUGGAGCAGUGAUGAUUGUCCUGGCGUUCAUGGUGUCCCAGAUGGGCACUGUGUUACAAGCCUCCUACAGUGUCUACGCCAUCUUCAACGGCCCCAUAUUCGGCGUCUUUGUUCUCGGCAUGAUCUUCCCAUGGGCGAACAACAUUGGCGCCAUUGUUGGUUUCUUCGUUUCAACGUUGUUCAUGUUCUGGGUGGGCAUCGGAGCUUUCGUUACCAAGGCAACUACUAGCGUUAAGUCUCCUGUCCUCACUCGGGGUUGCAACUGGAACGUCACCAACACUACAACGACGGCGGCUGAUCUUUCGACCAUGCCAAGCAGCAACGUGACACAUAGUCUUGCCCAAUCCUCAGAAUCACGGUAA